AUGAGUUUUCCUAACGGAUUUAGAUUAGAAACUGAUGGGUUUGGUGAGAUUAAGGUACCAGCUGAUAAAUAUUGGGGUGCUCAAACUCAACGUUCGUAUGAGAACUUCAAGAUUGGUGGUCCAAGGGAACGUAUGCCAGAGCCAGUUGUUAAGGCCUUUGGUGUUUUGAAGAAGAGUGCUGCAAUUGUCAAUGAAGAGUUUGGUAUUCUAGAUGCAGGAAUCUCUAAAUUAAUUCAACAAGCUGCAGAUGAAGUUAUUGAAGGGAAAUUGAAUGAACACUUCCCAUUAGUUGUUUUCCAAACUGGAUCAGGUACUCAAUCCAAUAUGAAUGCUAAUGAGGUUAUCUCCAACCGUGCUAUUGAGUUAAAAGGUGGUAUUAUGGGUUCUAAAGAGAUACAUCCAAAUAAUCACUGUAAUAUGGCUCAAUCCUCAAAUGACACUUUUCCAACAGUGAUGCAUAUUGCUGCAGUGACUGAGAUUACUCAUCAUUUGAUACCUAAGAUGACUGAAUUGAAAGAUGCAUUGGCAAACAAGUCCAAAGAAUUCGAACAUAUUGUUAAGAUUGGUAGAACACAUCUACAAGAUGCCACACCUUUGACAUUAGGUCAAGAAUUUAGCGGAUACGUUCAACAAUUGAUCAAUGGCAUUGCACGUAUUGAACAUUCAUUGAUCAAUUUAAAAUUCUUGGCACAAGGUGGUACCGCUGUGGGUACUGGAUUAAACACUAAAAUUGGGUUUGCUGAACGUAUUGCUGAACAAGUCUCUAAAGAGACAGGAAUUGAAUUUAAGACUGCUCCAAAUAAAUUUGAAGCACUUGCCGCACAUGAUGCAAUUGUUGAAUCUAGUGGAGCAUUGAACACAGUAGCAUGUUCAUUAUUCAAGAUUGCUCAAGAUAUCAGAUAUUUAGGAUCAGGUCCUCGUUGUGGAUACGGUGAACUGUCAUUACCUGAAAACGAACCUGGAUCUUCAAUCAUGCCUGGUAAAGUUAAUCCGACUCAAAAUGAAGCUAUGACACAAGUAUGUGUUCAAGUGAUGGGUAACAAUGCAGCCAUUACAUUUGCAGGAGCAUCUGGGCAAUUUGAAUUGAACGUUUUCAAGCCAGUGAUGAUAUCUAAUUUAUUGAGUUCGAUUAGACUAUUAGGAGAUGCAUGUCAUUCAUUUACUAUCCAUUGUGUCGAAGGGAUUCAAGCCAAUGAGGAUAAGAUCAAUAAAUUAUUACAUGAAUCGUUGAUGUUAGUAACAGCAUUGAAUCCUAAAAUUGGGUAUGAUUCAGCAACAAAAGUGGCUAAGAAUGCACAUAAGAAAGGUAUUACAUUAAAAGAAUCUGCUUUAGAAUUAGGUGUAUUGACUGAAGAUGAGUUUGACGAAUGGGUAGUGCCAGAGAAGAUGUUAGGACCAUCAUAG